AAAGGGCAACAUCCAAUCUUGGAGUUUUGAGAUCCUUUUGCAAACCUUGUGAAAAGACAAAAGAUCCACUAUCGGCUCUGGCAAGCAACCAUGUAUCGCAAAUUAUUCCGCUGCCUGUUUAUGCUUGCCUUGCAGCUCUUCCUGGCAAACGCAUUCAACCAUGCGGCAGUGCAAGGAGGUUAUUUGCGGACAAUCGGCAGAACCACUUUGGCCACAGCGAAAACGAAGCAUUUUCCGACGACCCUGGGAAUGGCCAAUAGCAAAGAUGGAUCAGGCACGCCGUUGGACCGCGUGCUUUCUCCAAAGAUAGACGACCCGGCCUUGCCGUACUCUGAUGUUUGUGUGGCCCAGAUUAUUGGUCCCGCAAUGCAAGUCUUUUAUGUUACAUUGACAAGAUCACCAAAUCCGACAUGGCUGAAACCACUUUUCGACGAUACACUAUGGCAGUACAAAGGAGCCUUGUUGGCACCUACGUUGGUUCAUGGAGCUGGACUUGCCUGCUGCUGGAUGCUGGGAGCCUUGAUGGCGAGAGCUUACGAGGAGGAGGCAAUUGAUCCGACAAUUGGUGGAUAUGGGACAGUUUUGUGGAGGAUUUUCCAAGCUGGCUGUUUUGCCAGUGGCGUCCUCAUCCUCUCUACCCAAGUGGAUCUUCUCGUGGAAUUUGGUCGAUAUGUACAGCUCGGUGAAAGUGCCGAGGCAGAUGCCAGAAUACUCGCUGCUUGGGUAGAUGUGAUCAAUGAUAUUUUCUUUGAAAUCCUGGCACUGGUGCCGAUACGGUUGUAUCUAGCAGCAUCAAUUGCAAAGAACAAAAUGAUGUAGCUGGUGGAUAAAAAUGAACUUACCGCGACGAAUAAAUCAUGUAGAUAAGAGAAGUAUCACUGGAAGAAAGCAAUCAACAAUCAACAAAACUACAGAGCAAUUGUGGUUGACCUUGUUUGACGAGUAGAAAAGGAUAAUUGAGAGAUAAGUCAAAACUAGACUACUGUCUAGUAGUACCACGUAGUGAGGAGAGAGGCUGAGAAUUAGGCCAUUGUACAACUGGCCCUCACAGGGUGCCCAUUGAGCUAAUUAGGACCUGGUCAAGGCACUAAAAUGAACCCACUACAUGUACAGAACAUCUCU